CGCGCGAACACCGCCACUACCUGCAGCGGCGGCAGCAGCAGCAUAGCCGUCAGCGGUAGAGCGCGCUGGAUUCCCGGCACGUGCCGAUUCCCCCUUCUGCACACGCGCUGACCGAACGAGUGAGUGAGUGAGGGCGAACGUCUUCACCUCGCGUGCGGCUCCACGUUCUGUUUUGAUUUUGAAUUUGAAUGUUCUUGUGAGUGGAGCGCGUGCACCGACCGUUAGUGACCGUUGGCGUUGAGGGAGCUGAGAGAGAGACUUGUGAAGCGGUUUUAAUAGCGACGGAGGAUCCGAGUCUGAGGAGCAAAAAGCGUUUUUACAAGCUUCUUUAAAGAUCAGACCACUCAGCUCGGAGCACAUCACCGCCACUUCAUGAGCUAUCAGAGACGAACCGCGCUCAGACCCUGGAGCAUGGAAAACUCCUAACGCUGUGGAGCAUCUUCACCUCCACUCACCAAGCUUUAGAAGAAUCCAGUAAUAAAAAGUGACUCUCCGGCGAGUUCCCCGCUCCCCUUUUCGGCCCACCAGGAGUCCCCAGAAAGUUCGAGUGUGUUACUGCAAAUCCUGUCACUUUAUUGGAGGUUAUUCAGCAUGAUCGACGCAGCCGUGCAUCCCGGUCCAUAACAAGCGCAGUCGGACGAACCUCCCAGGAUUCUUCGGCUUUUUUUUUCCGCUUCAUUAUCCCCUUUCUGGCCAGAUUCGGCUGCUUCAUAAAAACCAGGAGCGCCCGCUUCACGAAGGAGAUGAAUGCCGAACAUUAGGGCUUUUCUCUGCGCCACCCACACACCUGAGAUGUACUCGAGGACCAGCUCGCCACACCCGACAGCCUCAGCUUCACGUUUUCUGUGCCGCUGUCGCUGUAAGUGCUCCAGUUUUGCAGAAUUGCUACAGCGGAUUGAUUUGUUCUCAGAGCCGUGGAGUAAGAAUCUUUCAGAGGUUUCUAAAAGGACAGGACAGCUCAGACACGAUCGCACAAAGUCGUUCACUGUGAGCUCUACACAGGAAAAAUCUGGCAUCUCUGAAGGUGUGAACUACACACAGAUCUGACGUCUGGAUGUGUUGAAUCUUCAGUGACGAGGCUGUGUGGUGAAGUGAAGCUGACCAGGAUGACGGUCAGAGCGUCGGGUUGAUGUUCAGAUCUCCAGCUCUGUGAGAAGAUCCAUGGAUUACUGCAUUAACUUUCACUAUCGGUCACAUGAGAUCCACACGUGUCACGUCCUGUCCGGCUGGUGAACGUUAGGAGCGGCGGGUGGAUCGAGUGAACGAGUGUGUGUGUGAGUGUGUGUGAGAGUGUGUGAGUGUGUGUGUGUGUGAGCGUCAUGUGUGCAGGAUGGAUGUGAAGGAGCGCAGGCCGUACUGCUCGCUGAGGGAAAGCCGGCGAGAGAAAGAGCGACGCUACACGCAGUCGUCGGCCGGAGAGAGCGACGAGUGCCGCGUCCCCACUCAGAAAUCCUACAGCUCCAGCGAGACCCUCAAAGCCUUCGAGCACGACUCCCAGCGCCUGCUGUACGGGGGCCGGGUCAAGGAGAGGGAGCACCGGGACCCUGUCGAGUACGCCCGUCCAGGUCAGAACUUCACCCUGAGACAGUUGGGGAUCUGUGACACGGCCGCCCGUCGCGGCCUGGCGUUCUAUCCCGAGAUGGGCCUCCCCCAUCGCGGGUACUCGGUGGGCGCGGGCUCCGAGCUGGACGCCGAGAACGAGGCCGUGAUGUCGCCGGACCGUGCCAUGCGCCUGUGGGGUGGGGGGGUGAAGUCGGCGCGAAGCUCCUGCCUGUCGAGCCGGUCCAACUCGGUGCUGACGCUCACCGACACGGAGCACGACAACAAGUCCGACAGCGACAACGGUGCUCCCAUGCCAUCCCCUCCCUGUAAUCCAUCACCCGAUCACUCGCCUCAUGCUCAGCCCCCCCACAGUGACCCGGACCCGGAGCUGGACGACCCUCUCUCACACACUUACUCUGCAGAGCUCAUACACACCGCAGCCCAGGAGCAAGCGGCCAAUCAGCAGCAGCCAGGCCAUCCGGCUCCGCCCAGCCUGCCCCCGGCCCCGCCCCCUCACAAGCAGCCGUUGGUAACGGCGCUGAACCACAGCUUAGUGAUCGGCCGGCGGAACGGAAGCCCCGCCCCUCCCCCGCCUGUCGAGCUGCCCACCACGCCCGAGUCCGUCCCGCUGCAGGACAGCUGGGUCCUGGGCAGCAAUGUGCCGCUGGAGAGCCGGCACUUCCUCUUUAAGACAGGCACUGGAACGACCCCUCUGUUCAGCACGGCGACUCCGGGCUACACCAUGGCUACGGGGGCGGUGUACUCGCCCCCCACCCGGCCGCUGCCCCGCAACACGCUCUCCCGCAGCGCCUUCAAGUUCAAGAAGUCGUCGAAGUACUGCUCGUGGAGGUGCACGGCCCUCAGCGCCGUGGCCGUGUCCGUCCUGCUCUCCGUCAUCCUCUGUUACUGCAUCUCGAUGCAUCUGUUCGGACUGAACUGGCAGCUACAGGAGACGGACAGCUUCGCCUUCGAGAACGGCCAGGUGAAACCGGACGGUGCCACGCCCAACGGAGUGACCUCUCUGUCGUCUGAACAUGGUAAAGGCGGCGUGUACGCUCAGGAGAACAACACUAUAGACACGGGCGAGGUGGACGUGGGCAGGCGGGCGGUGCAGGACGUUCCUCCCGGCAUGUUCUGGCGCUCGCAGCUUUUCAUCGACCAGCCGCAGUCGCUCAAAUUCAACAUCUCGCUGCAGAGGGACGCGCUCGUCGGGGUUUACGGACGCAAAGGACUGCCGCCGUCACACACUCAGUACGACUUCGUGGAGCUGCUGGACGGCAGUCGGCUUAUCUCCAAGGAGAAGCGAGGUCUGGUGGAGGCCGAGGGGUCUCUGAGGAGGGCGCGGUCGGUCAACGUCCAUGAGGCUGAGUUCAUCCGCUUCCUGGACUCGGGGAUCUGGCACCUGGCUUUCUACAACGACGGCAAGAACACAGAACAAGUCUCCUACAACACCAUCAUCAUAGAUUCGGUCACCGAGUGCUCGCACAAUUGCCACGGUAAUGGAGACUGUCGCUCAGGAACGUGUCACUGUUUCCCAGGGUUCCUCGGUCCUGACUGUUCCCGAGCUGCAUGUCCAGUGCUGUGCAGUGGGAACGGUCAGUACUCCAGGGGGCGCUGUUUGUGCUACAGUGGCUGGAAGGGCACCGAGUGUGACGUUCCCAACAACCAGUGCGUCGACGUCCACUGCGGGGGCCACGGCAUCUGCAUCAUGGGGGCGUGUGUGUGUAACGCCGGCUACAAAGGAGAAAACUGUGAGGAAGUGGACUGUGUGGACCCCUCGUGUUCCGGGCGUGGCGUGUGUAUCCACGGCGUGUGCCACUGUAACGGCGGGUUCUCGGGGCCGAGCUGUGAGCUGGUGAAGGCGGUUUGUCCGGAGCAGUGUUCCGGUCACGGCAAGUACCAGAGCGAGAGCGCCACCUGUACCUGCGACACCAACUGGACCGGGCCGGACUGUUCCAUCGAAGUGUGUGAGGUGGACUGCGGCUCCCACGGCGUGUGUAUGGGUGGAAGCUGUAGGUGCGAGGAGGGCUGGACCGGCUCGGUGUGUGACGUGAAGGCGUGCCACUCUCGCUGCACCGAACACGGGACCUGUAAGGACGGCAAGUGUGAGUGCCACCAGGGCUGGACCGGAGAGCACUGCACCGUGGCUCACCCGGAGACGUAUGUCCAAGGAGAGAGGAUAGGAUUUAAAGAGGGGUGCCCGGGUCUGUGUAACAGUAAUGGCCGCUGCACACUGGAUCAGAACGGCUGGCACUGUGUGUGCCAACCCGGCUGGAGGGGCAUCGGUUGUGACGUCGCUAUGGAAACACUCUGCGCAGAUGGCAAGGACAACGAAGGAGACGGUCUGGCCGACUGUAUGGACCCGGACUGCUGUCUCCAGCCCACCUGCGUGUCCCAGCCCUUCUGCCGCGGCUCCCCGGACCCGGCAGACAUCAUCAGCAGCAGCCAAUCGGCUUACUCGCCGCAGGCCGCGCAGUCCUUCUACCAGCGAAUCAGCUUCCUGCUCGGGCCCGAGAGCACGCACGUCAUCGCCGCCGAAAACCCUUUCAACCGGAGUCUGGUCUCUAUAAUUCGAGGACAGGUGCUGACUGCUGAUGGGACGCCCCUCAUCGGAGUGAACGUCUCGUUUGUGCAUUAUCCUGAACACGGGUACACCAUCACCCGCCAGGACGGCAUGUUCGAUAUUUUGGCGAAUGGCGGUGCGUCUCUGACCCUGAGUUUCGAGCGCGCCCCCUUCCUGGCGCAGCAGCGCACCGUGUGGUUACCCUGGAACGUGUUUUACGUGAUGGACACGCUGGUGCUGAAGAAGGAGCAGAACGACAUUCCCAGCUGUGACCUGAGCGGCUUCGUCAGACCCGGCCCGCUCAUCGUGACCACGCCCCUCUCCACCUUCUUCAGAUCCGCCCCCGAGAACGGACCAAUCAUUCCUGAGACUCAGGUUCUCCAGGAGGACACGCCCAUCCCCGGCAGCGAUCUGAACCUGGUGUACCUGAGCUCCCGGGCGGCGGGGUACCGCCCCGUCCUGAAGGUCACCAUGACCCAGUCCACCAUCCCCUUCAACCUGAUGAAGGUGCACCUGAUGGUGGCGGUGGUGGGACGUCUUUUUCAGAAGUGGUUCCCCGCAGAACCCAACCUGUCCUACACCUUCAUCUGGGACAAGACCGACGCCUACAACCAGCGGGUGUACGGGCUGAGCGAAGCCGUCGUAUCGGUGGGGUUCGAGUACGAAUCGUGUUUGGAUCUGAUCCUGUGGGAGAAGAGGACGGCUGUACUGCAGGGUUAUGAACUGGACGCCUCUAACAUGGGCGGCUGGACGUUGGAUAAACAUCAUGUGCUGGACGUCCAGAACGGUAUCCUGUAUAAAGGGAACGGGGAGAACGUCUUCAUUUCCCAGCAGCCCCCGGUGAUCAGCAGCAUCAUGGGUAACGGGCGGAGGCGCAGCAUUUCCUGUCCCAGCUGUAACGGCCAGGCUGAUGGGAAUAAGCUCCUGGCGCCGGUGGCUCUGGCCUGCGGCUCGGACGGCAGCAUCUUCGUCGGAGAUUUUAACUACAUCAGACGAAUCUUCUCAUCAGGAAACGUCACCAGUGUGAUGGAGCUCAGAAACAAAGACUUCAGACACAGCAACAACCCGGCACACAGGUACUACCUGGCGACCGACCCCACGUCGGGUCAGCUCUACGUGUCCGAUACGAACUCGCGCCGGAUCUUCAGACCCAAAGUUCUGACGGGGGUGAAGGAGCUGCUGCAGAACGUGGAGGUGGUGGCAGGGACCGGGGAGCAGUGCCUGCCAUUCGACGAGGCUCGCUGUGGCGACGGAGGAAAAGCUACCGAGGCGCUGCUGCUGGGGCCCAAAGGUAUUGCGGUGGAUAAGAACGGGUUAAUCUACUUUGUAGACGGGACGAUGAUUCGUAAAGUGGAUCGUAACGGCAUCAUCUCCACUCUGCUGGGGUCCAACGACCUGACCUCAGCGCGACCUCUGACCUGUGAUACGAGCAUGCAUAUCGGACAGGUCCGGCUGGAGUGGCCGACAGACUUGGCUAUCAACCCCAUGGAUAACUCCAUAUACGUCCUGGACAACAACGUGGUCCUGCAGAUCACGGAGAACCGGCAGGUCCGGAUCGUGGCCGGGCGCCCCAUGCACUGCCAGGUCCCGGGCAUCGAGUACGCUCUGGGUAAACGCGCCAUCCAGACCACGCUGGAGGGCGCCACGGCCAUCGCCGUGUCCUUCAACGGCGCGCUGUACAUCGCCGAGAGCGACGAGAAGAAGAUGAACCGCGUGCGGCAGGUCAGCACCGACGGCGAGAUCACGCACCUGGCGGGGGCGCCGUCCGAGUGCGACUGCAAGAGCGACGCCAACUGCGACUGCUACCUGACCGGAGACGGCUACGCCAAAGACGCCCGCCUGAACAGCCCCUCGUCGCUCGUGGUCUCGCCCGACGGAACCCUCUACGUCGCCGAUCUGGGCAACAUCCGAAUCAGGGCCAUAUCGCGGAACCGCCCUCCUCUGGUGUCGUCCGGCUUUUACGAGGUGGCGUCCCCGGCGUCGCAGGAGCUCUACGUUUUCGACGUCAACGGCACCCACCAGCACACCAUGAGCCUGGUGACCGGGGACUACCUGUCCAACUUCAGCUACAGCAACGAGGGCGACGUCACGGCCGUCGCCGACGGGAACGGCAACACCCUGCGCGUCCGGCGUGACCCCAACCGCAUGCCCGUGCGCCUCGUCGCCCCCGACAACCAGGUGAUCUGGAUCACCAUCAGCACCAACGGAGGCCUGAAGACGUUGACCGCGCAGGGGCAGGAGCUCACGUUCUUCACCUACCACGGGAACAGCGGUCUCCUCGCCACCAAGAGCACCCAGAUCGGCUGGACCACCUUCUACGAUUACGACAGCGAGGGCCGCCUGACCAACGUGACCUUCCCCACGGGCGUGAUCACCAGCCUGAUCGAGGAGAUGGACCGGGCGCUCACCGUGGACAUCGAGACGUCGGGGCGAGACGACGACGUCAGCAUCACCACCAACCUGUCGUCCAUCGACUCCUUCUACACCCUCGUACAAGAUCAGCUGAGGAACAGCUAUCAGGUGGGUUACGAUAACUCCCUCCGAGUGAUCUACGCCAACGGCAUGGACUCGCACUACCAGACGGAGCCUCACAUCCUGGCGGGCGCCGCCAACCCCACGGUGGCCCGGAGGAACAUGAGCCUGCCCGGGGAGAACGGCCAGAACCUGGUGGAGUGGAGGUUCCGAAAAGAACAGACCAGAGGAAAGGUCAUCGUUUUCGGUCGCAAGCUGAGGGUGAACGGCAGGAACUUGCUGUCGGUGGAUUACGACCGGACGCUGCGCACGGAGAAGAUCUACGACGAUCACCGUAAAUUCCUGCUGAAGAUCGUCUACGACGCGGCCGGUCACCCAACGCUGUGGGUGCCCAGCAGCAAACUGAUGACCGUCAACCUGACGUACUCCAGCAGCGGGCAGGUCACCGGCCUGCAGAGGGGCGGGAGCGUGGAGAGGGUGGAGUACGACAGCCAGGGGCGCAUCAUCUCCAGGACCUUCGCCGACGGGAAGACCUGGAGCUACACGUACCUGGAUAAGAGCAUGGUGCUCCUGCUGCACAGCCAGAGGCAGUACAUCUUCGACUUCGACCUACAGGACAGGCUGUCUGCCAUUACCAUGCCUAGUGUGGCACGCCAUACCAUGGAGACCAUCCGGUCCAUUGGCUACUAUCGGAACAUCUACCACCCGCCCGAGAGCAACGCUUCGGUUACCGUGGAUUACAGCGAGGACGGGCAGCUCCUUCGGGUGGCCCACUUGGGCACAGGCCGGCGAGUCCUUUAUAAGUACAGAAGACAGAACAAGAUCUCGGAGAUCCUGUACGACAGCACACGCGUGAGCUUCACUUACGACGAGACCGCUGGCGUGUUGAAGACGGUCAACCUGCAGAGCGAAGGAUUCAUCUGCUCUAUACGCUACCGCCAGAUCGGCCCCCUGGUGGACAGGCAGAUCUUCCGCUUCAGUGAAGACGGCAUGGUCAACGCUCGCUUUGACUACUCUUACGACAACAGCUUCCGGGUGAUCAGCAUGCAAGGGGUGAUCAACGAGACGCCACUUCCGAUUGACCUCUACCAGUUCGACGACAUCUCGGGCAAGGUGGAGCAGUUUGGCAAGUUCGGCGUGAUCUACUACGACAUCAAUCAGAUCAUCUCCACGCCCGUCAUGACCUACACCAAGCACUUCGACGUCCACGGGCGCAUCAAGGAGAUCCAGUACGAGAUCUUCCGCUCCCUUAUGUACUGGAUCACCAUCCAGUACGACAACAUGGGUCGCGUCACCAAGCGGGAGAUCAAGAUUGGACCCUUUGCCAACACCACCAAGUACAGCUACGAGUACGACGUGGACGGCCAGCUGCAGACUGUCUUCCUGAACGAGAAGAUGAUGUGGCGCUACAGCUAUGACCUCAACGGAAACCUGCACCUUCUGAACCCGGGAAACAGUGCCAGACUCACGCCGCUGCGCUACGACCUCCGAGACCGCAUCACGCGCCUCGGCGACGUUCAGUACCGCAUGGAUGAAGACGGAUUCCUGCGCCAGAGAGGCACAGAGAUCUUCGAGUACAACUCCAAAGGUCUGCUGGUCCGAGUCCACAGCAAGGCCAACAGCUGGACCAUCCAGUAUCGUUAUGACGGGUUAGGUAGGCGACUGGCAUCCCGUAACACUCUUGGCCAACAUCUUCAGUUCUUCUACGCUGAUCUGAACUACCCCACACGCAUCACCCACGUCUACAACCAUUCCAGCUCGGAGAUCACUUCGCUCUAUUACGACCUGCAAGGCCACCUCUUCGCCAUGGAGAUAAGCAGCGGAGAAGAGUUCUACAUCGCCUGCGACAACACGGGCACCCCGUUGGCCGUCUUCAGCAGCAACGGGCUUCUUCUCAAGCAGGUCCAGUACACCGCAUACGGCGAGAUCUACUUCGACUCCAAUCCUGACUUUCAGCUGGUGAUAGGCUUCCACGGAGGGUUGUACGACCCACUAACGAGGCUUCUUCACUUUGGGGAAAGGGACUAUGACAUUCCAGCUGGACGAUGGACCACUCCAGAUAUUAGCACUUGGACCAGGGUGGGAAAAGACCCCGCUCCCUUUAACCUGUACAUGUUCCGCAACAAUAAUCCUGUCAGCAAGGUCCAUGAGGUCAAAGAGUACGUCACAGAUGUCAACAUCUGGCUAGUCACAUUCGGAUUCCACCUCCAUAACGCCAUCCCGGGGUUCCCGAUUCCUAAAUUUGACCUCACGCAGCCCUCACUGGAGAUGAAGAAAAGCCAGCUCUGGGACGACCUUCCGUCCAUAUCUGGUGUCCAAGAGGAAGUGACACGUCAGGCCAAGGCCUUCCUGUCCUUCGAGAGGAUGCCGGAGAUCCAGUUUAGCCGGCGUCGCUCAGCGCGGGAUAAACCUUGGCUCUGGUUUGCCACCGUCAAGUCCCUAAUUGGCAAAGGUGUGAUGCUGGCCAUCACAAGCAAGGGCCAGGUGGCCACAAACGCCCUGAACAUUGCCAACGAAGACUGCAUUAAGGUGGCCGCCGUCCUGAACAACGCAUUUUACCUGGAGGACCUACACUUCACCAUAGAGGGCAGGGACACGCACUACUUCAUCAAGACGAGCCUUCCAGAGACUGAUCUAGGAGCCUUGAGGCUUACGAGUGGACGCCGGAGCCUUGAGAAUGGCGUGAACGUGACCGUGUCUCAGUCCACGACGGUGGUCAAUGGGCGCACCAGACGCUUUGCAGACGUCGAGCUGCAGUACGGCUCGCUGGCCCUGCACGUCCGCUACGGCAUGACCCUGGACGAGGAGAAGGCUCGGGUGCUGGAGCAGGCCCGGCAGAGGGCGCUGGCGAGCGCCUGGCAGAGGGAGCAGCAAAGGGUCCGUGACGGCGAGGAAGGCGCCAGGCUCUGGACGGAAGGCGAGAAGAGGCAGCUGCUCAGCUCAGGGAAGGUCCUAGGCUACGACGGGUACUACGUCCUGUCGGUGGAGCAGUACCCGGAACUAGCCGACAGCGCCAACAACAUCCAGUUCCUGAGGCAGAGCGAGAUCGGGAAGAGGUAACAACAAAUGGCGCGGCCGUCCUCGAGCUGGGAAGAGGUACCAACAAACUGCACUGUGCCUAGCUGCCUCUUAUUUGUCACGUCAACCCAAGACGAGCUUCGUAAAUCAAAAAUUGUCAAAAAAAACUGUUUGAAUGUUACCUUGCUUGGACUGAGGAGAGAAAAACGUUUCGAGCGCUCGGUACCGCCUCAGUUGCCUCACUCUACUGCCCCAGUACCCUCUAAAUCCUAAAUAUACCCACUAAACACCCUACACAGGGUAGAAAGAACUGUGCCUAGCUUAGUUUCCACCUAUAAACGCCCCGUCGAGUCUUGUAACCACGUGAUCUCCACGCCGAAGCACUGAACGGACUAGCCGAUUCUCUCCGGGACUCUCCAUGAGGAAUUUUUAAGAAUUUUUUUGUGCUUUUUUUGUACCUUAAUAUCUUAUGCUUGGAUUAAAGAGAAGAAGGAUUUUAAUGUGUUUACAUGUGAAGAACCACUGCGAUCUGCCGAACUGACGUGUACAGAAGCUCCGGCUCCAAAAGCCACACGAUUCGGGGACUGAGAUGUACAGAACUGAAACUGCCCGUGAUCCUCCGUGUGAUUAUUUUCCCGCUUCGCUUUCUCGAAGGACGUCCGUAUGGAAACGUGUCGAGUCGAGUCGGGUGUUCGAUGUCCUUGCUGAACCAGCUCACGCAAUGGAGGAUGUAGAAUUAGCGAGUACGAACAGAACGUAAAAUAUCUAGAUCAUAUCCGGCCUAUCUUCUGAUUUGACCAGAGAUGUGAGAGUAUCUUUAUGAAUCUGUUUUCUUUCUUUUUUUAAUCUAAAAAGAAAAUACCACUUACCCGUACAUCAAUAUUAGUCUCAGAGAAAGUAAUUUAUGUACAGUGUUUAUAUAUACUUAAAAAAAAACCUCAAAAAUAUGGAUUUUUUUCUUCAGUCUUGUCAUGCAUUACUGUU